AUGCCGGACACGGUCGACUGGAGAGCAUUCUGUGCCGAGAUAGAACAUGUUUUUCAAACCCCCGAUCUGGAGAAGGAUCCACUUAAAGAACCGGAGGUUUAUGUACCUGAAUCAAAAGUGAAACAGAAUUUCCUCUCAUUGGAGACGGCAAAAGUGGCUGACGGGGCAAUUGUGAAAAUCGCGGACAAGGUAAUCUGA